AUGGCGGUCCCCCACUAUGCUUAUGUGAAGAUGAAGCUACCGGGUCCGAAGGGCCUCAUCACCAUCGCCGGCGACUACUGCAAGUCCUUGGAGUGCGCCCAAGCCGGCGCCAAACUGGCCGAGUCACUGGUCAUAGACGAGGAGCGGCGCCAGCUCGACCGGCUCGUCGCCCUGGCCAAUGAGACGCCGGUCGUGCCGGCUUCAGCCAAGGAGCCGGCCGGCGAGGCCUCGUUCCAGCUCUCUAAGGAGACCAAGAAGGUCAAGCUGAACCUGGAAGACCCCAGCUGUAGCAAGUACGUCAUCAUAGGCACCCGCCUCGACAGCAAAUAG